AUGAAGACUCUCCUACUGUUGGUGGGGCUGCUGCUGACCUGUGAGAAUGGACGGGUUCUGGGAGACAAGGCGGUCUCAGACGCAGAGCUCCAGGAAAUGUCCACCGAGGGGAGUAAGUACAUUAACAAGGAAAUUAAAAACGCCCUCAAGGGCGUGAAACAGAUAAAGACUCUGAUAGAACAGACAAACGAAGAACGCAAAUCCCUGCUCAGCAACUUAGAAGAAGCCAAGAAGAAGAAAGAGCUUGAGGAGUUCCUGAACCAGAGUUCUCCCUUCUACUUCUGGAUUAAUGGCGACCGCAUCGACUCCCUGCUGGAGAACGACCGGCAGCAGACCCACGCCAUGGACGUCAUGCAGGACAGCUUCAACCGGGCAUCCAGAAUUAUGGACGAGCUUUUCCAGGACAGAUUCUUCACCCGUGAGCCCCAGGAUACUUACCACUACUCACCCUUCAGCUCGUUACAGAGGAGGCCUUUCUUCUUCAAUCCCAAGUCCCGCUUCGCCCGGAACGUAAUGCCUUUCCCUGCAUUCCAACCCUUGAACUUCCACGACAUGUUUCAACCCUUCUUCGACAUGAUACACCAGGCUCAACAGGCCAUGGACAUCAACCUCCAGAGAAUUCCCUACCACUUUCCGAUGGAAUUCACAGAAGAAGACAACCAAGACCGUAUGGUGUGCAAGGAGAUCCGUCACAACUCCACGGGGUGCCUGAGGAUGAAGGACCAGUGUGACAAGUGCCAGGAGAUCUUGUCAGUGGACUGUUCUGCCAGCAACCCCUCUCAGGUGCUGCUGCGGCAGGAACUUAACAACUCCCUGCAGAUGGCAGAGAAGUUCACCAAGCUGUACGACGAGCUGCUUCGGUCCUACCAGGAGAAGAUGUUCAACACGUCCUCUCUGCUGAAGCAGCUGAACGAGCAAUUUAGCUGGGUGUCCCAGCUGGCUAAUCUCACUCAGAGUGAAGACCCAUUCUAUCUCCAGGUCACUACGGUGAGCUCCCAGACUUCUGACUCCAACGUUCCCUCUGGCUUCACUAAGGUGGUUGUGAAGCUCUUUGAUUCCGACCCCAUCUCUGUGAUGGUCCCAGAGGAAGUCUCCAGGAACAAUCCUAAAUUUAUGGAGACUGUGGCAGAGAAGGCCCUUCAGGAAUACCGUCAAAAGAACGGGUGA